AUGGCUCUGCAACAGGAUGAGAACGAACAAGGGGGACUGCAAACCGAUGCCGCUGAACCCAGCGCUGAAGAGUCCCCCCACGCAGAGAUUAAAACGCUGCAGGAGGUUCUGCAGCUGCAGCUUGAGCUGGAGAGACAGUCGAAACUGGAGCAGCUAUCCCAAAGAGGCCACGAUACCGAGGAAGUCUGCUUCGCUCCUUUCCCAUCGGUAGUAGAUGCAGGAGGAGCAGCAGCAGCGGCGGCAGCAGCAGCAGCAGCAACACACGGAGAUAUAGGGGAUGUUGGAACUCCGUUUGUUCGUCCUGCUUCGGUGCAUGCAACAGGGAGGGAGGCUAAUGAGGGCGGUUCAGCCGCUGGCAGCAACGGCGGAUCGGUAGGGAACGAAGACUGUGCUGCAAGAGACAGCAGCUGCACGUCAACAGCAACAAAGCCUGCUUCAUCGACCCGUCUCAAUGAGCAGCAGGAGACCCUUCAACGCCUUCCACAGGGUGGGCAGGGGUGGCUGGAGUAUGCGAGAGAGGGAGGGACUGCUGCUGCUGCUGGUGUUGCGUCGGCCGUUGAUGCACCUGCUGCUGCCCCAAAAGCAUUGCUGCAGUUCAGUAGGGAUGCCACAGAUGUUGCAGCAACAGCAGGUGGGGAAUUUGCUGUUUGUGACUGGAAGCGCCUGCAAUCCCUCGCAGGUAGCAGCAGGUGUAGCGAUUCCUUGGAAGAGGCAGGAGACACAUGGCAACAACAGCCCAGCUCAUUUCUGCUGAAGCCCGAGGCCCUGCAGGCCGCUGAGAUGCUGCAGCAGCCGCAGCAGCAAGAACUAGUCAAGCUGCUGCGGGAUACCACCGCAAAGGCGUGCCGAUACAAAGAACGCCUGCUACGGGUAGAGGAGGAGAAGCGGGAGUUGCUGCAGACCGUGCGGCAGCUGCAGCUGCAGCAACAACAACUGCAGCAAGAAGUGCAGUGCACAGCCUCUCACUUCCAAGCUCAACAAGAAGCCUGGGGAGAAAAAGACAGGCAGCAGCGCCAGCAGCUCAGUGAGCUCGCCCACCAACUCAAAUUAAACACACUAGAGCUAGAAGCCCUACGCACGAGGGGACUUGAAGCUGCUGCUGCACAGAAGAAGCAGCAACAGCAGCUCCUGCAACACAAGCAACAGUUGCAACAGCUAGCGAGGGGUGGAAUAGGCCUUGAGUUCGAUAAAGAUGCAGCCAUAACAGCGCGGCAGCGGGCCUUCACCGCCUCCGUAGUGCCCCUAACUCAACGAAGCACCCAACCAGCAGGUGCAGCAGCAGCAGCAAAUGCAUUAGAAAAUGCGCGUCCGCGAAGCAAAACAGGUUAUCUGAGCCACCGCUUAAGUCUGUCGCUCGAGAAUGUUGCUCCUGUGGAGGAUAGGCAAGAGGCAACUGCCCGCUCUGCACUAAGCUCACAAGGCUCUUUAAAAAGUCCCUUAUUUCAACUGCAACAGCAGCAGCAGCAGCAGCUUUUCCGGCUGAAGCAGCAGGAGGUACAGGGAAACCGUGGAUCGAAAGAACCUGCCGCUGGAAAGCAGCAAAACGAGCAGCGGCUGGGGCCGACACGGUUACGCUCGCACACCGCCCACAUAGGCUUGCCGCAGCUGCAGCACCAGGACCUUAGCAGCAGCUUCUUUUCCCCUCAGCAACAGCUGCAGCAGCAAACGGACGAGAGUUGCAGGAGCGGCAGCAAACGAGCCGUUUCCGCUCAGCAGCAGCAACGGUCAAAGACGUGCCUGAUGCGGUCUGUCCCUGCAAGAGGAGGCCAGUCUCCUUUCUUCGGGGGCUUCGAGGAGGGCAGCAGGGGACUCUUGCAGCAGCAGCAGAGACUACAGCAGCUACUGCAGCAAGAGGAGGACGAGAAGCAGCAGGGGGAUGAAGGGGAAACGUUGUUUGAUUGGCAAGCAGGACGGUUAGCUGCCGGUCAGAGAGAAGAUACUGAGGAGACAGAAGAGCCUGUGUAUAACGCCAGCGGCUCGGAGGAAACCUCCGUAGAGUCCCUGAGGACCCCCUCGCAUCUACGGGGUUCUCCAGGGGGGGCCCCGGUUGGCCUUCGCUCCUAUAGCUGCUUCAUACCCAAGGGCCACGUAACAGGGGAGGGAGACAGAGGAGGAGACAGAAAAGGAGGUAGAGGAGGAGAGAAGGGAUGGAGCAGAGACGGAGACACAUCAAAAUACCAAAUGCGCAGCACCACUCAGCUGCCGCUGUCUCUUGAACGACAAGUGGAGAGUAUCCGGAGGGACCUCCUAUACGGCCAUGGGGGGGACAGGAUCGCAGGUCUUACGCAAAACCAACAGCAGCAGCGGCAGCAGCAGCAGCAGCGUCCUUUGAGUGGAAUAGACACAGACGGUAGUGACACAACAGAAGAACCAGAGGUGGAGACAACGCAGCAACAUGUAGAGAAGGGAACAGCAAAGACGUUAAGGGGAAGAGCAGUCACUCCUACUGCAGGAGCAACCAGAGCAGCAGGAACAGAAGCAAAGCCUGCUGACGCUGCCUCCAGCAGACCGCGCAGUAAAACGGCGUCCCCCAAGAGGUUGGAGACAAACCCGCAGCUGAAAAAGGCGACAGGGGGGCCUUCCAGCUCCACGGCAACCCUCUCCCAACUUCAGCAGAAGCGGCAGGCGCAGCAGCAGCAGGGGGGAGACGCUGCAGCAGAAGGUCUACACCCGUCUUUGGGAGAGGCGACAGAAGGAAAAAAGAAAGAGAGAGCCGUUAGAUGGAAAGGAAGAUCCUUCUCUUGUUGCUUUGCCCAGGAGCAGCGCCUCAGCAGAGGUCUUCUUUACAGAGGGCAGACAGUCCAUCCCAAAAAGCUUCAAGAAAUGCUGCUGGAGCAAGAGGUGGAGCAGGAGGAGCAGGAGGAGCAGGAGGAGCAGGAGGAGCAGGAAGAGCAGGAAGAGCAGGAGGAUCAGGAGGAGCAGGAGGAGGAGGAGCAGGAGGAGGGAGAGGAGGAAGACACGCACCAGCAGCAACAGCAUCAGAAGCAGCAGCAGAAAAGUCAGCCGGACAGUAAAACCCAAGGGAACGUAGCAACUGGUGCUGCUGCUGCUACAGGUAGAAAGAAGGCAGCAAGCCAAAACAGCAACAAACAGGAACAGCAGCCCUCUGGAGACAGCAAAGCGCACACCUCUGCAACAAAAGCAGAUACACAGCAUCAGAAGCAGCAACAGCAGCAACUGACGCAGCAGCUCCAAUCCCCACAACCGGCAGAAAGGUGCGAGCAGGCGGCAGGAAAGCCCUUCCCCUCUCCUAUGUUGCCACUUGGGCCUCUAGCCCUGCAUCAGGGGCAGCAGAAGCAGACGCCGCAACAGCAGCAAGAGCAGCAGCAACAGCAACCGCAAAUGCUGCUUCAGCAGAGUCUGCCCUUGUUGGCCGCUGCUCCUCAGCUAGCUAGCAGCUGUUUGGCCGAUCCCCAGCAGCUAGCCAGCGGUGCUUUUGCUUCGAGCUCUUUUCUGCUGCAGCCCCUUGGAACUGUCAGUCCGAGGCCCCUCCUGCUGCUGUAUUCUUCAGGAUGCCCGCAGCAGCAGCAGCCUCAAACGCAUCAGCAAGAACUGCAGCAACAGCAAAUGGCGCAGCAGCAAAUUCAGCAGGAACAAAUGCCGCAACAGCAAACGCAGCAGCAACAAAUAUUGCAGCAACAGAUGCAGCAGGAGCAAAUACUGCAACCGUUGCAGCAGCGGCCAGUUUUCCUGCUGCAGCCUGACGCGGUUGCAGAAGUGUCUCCAAGCAUCCAUCAGUUGGUGGCUCCCCACAGCACCAACAACAGAAGCAGCACGACAGGGGGGUGCUUAUGUGGGUUGCCUGUUCGCGAUGCCCUUGAGGACACAGCGUCCUUCUGGGCCCCACCGGUGGGGAGCAGCGGAUGCUAUGAACAGAUCCUCAGCGAGGCGCCAAGCAGCAGCAGCAGCAGCAGCUGCGGCAGCAGCGAUCACUGGUGUUUGAUUUGUGAGACUGGUGCAGAAGAUAUGCAGCAGACAGAGCAGAGAUUAGGACCCUUAGCCACUCCCACUAACAAGCCACAAACAGGUCUAAAGUUUGCAGGGGACUGCAACAACAGGCAAAGCACCUGCAACAGCAACAGCAACAACAAGAGCAGCAGCAGCAGCAACCAAGGAACUUCGACGAAGCGUCCGGAGGCCCUGCCGUCUCUUCCCGCAGCGUCCUACACUGGCAGUCCCCCCGCAGUCUGUGGAGAUGAGCAGCUGCCCCCUGCAUCUCCACAGAAGCUGCUCCCGCCGCAGCCAGCAGCAGGAGCAGCAGCAGUAACAGGGGCAACAUCUCAGCCAGCAGAUAGCCAAAGAGAUGAGCAGCAGCAGAAGCAGCAGGCGACAGAUGAAGCUGCAACAGCUGCUGCUGGAUCUCCCUCUAAAGGGAGGGGCCGCAGCAGGCCGUGGAGCCCCGGGAGAUGUCUGCACUCUCCAGCCAAAGAACCUAAGCCACUUACACCUAAGCACAAGCAUCAACAACAACAACCACAGCAAACGACAGAAAGCGGGAAGGCGAACACGGGCGAACAGCAACAGCAGCACCUCCAAGUGCAAGGGCAGCAUCCGCAGCAACAGCAGCAGCAACCGCUGCAACAGCAACAGCAACAGCUACAGCAGCAACCGCAGCCACUGCCACUCGACGAACAGCAGCUGCAGCAGCAACAGCAAAAGGAAGAUAGGCACAAUAAGGAAAAACAUCAGCGCCAGCAGCAUCACCACAACCAUCCCCAUCGUUUCCUACUCCACCAGCAAAAUCCUAGUCAGCAGCAGCCGCAACAGCAGGAGCAGGAGCACCAGCCGCAGCCGCAACAACAACAGCAGCAACAACAGCAGCAGCAGGCUCAACAGCAGCAACAGCAGGCGCAACAACAACAACAGCAGCCGCUGCAACAUCAACAACAACAGCAGCAGCGGCAGCAGCUGCAGCCACCUCAGCCGCCACCGCAGCAGCCGCAGCAGCAGAAUCAUCAACACUAUCAUCCCCAUCAUCUCCAGGCCCCCCAUCAUCAUCAACGGCAAGAGAAGCAACAGCUUCAGAAACCGCACCAGCAGCAGCAACACCAGCAGCAGCUGCAGCCGCCACAGCAGCCGCAGCUGCAACAGCAGCCGCAGCAACAGCCCCAGCAGCGGCAGCAGGAGUACAACCGAUAUAAUCUCCAAUCCUAUGGUCAAGCUCAUCAUCAUCAUCACCAUCAUCAUCACCAUCACCAUCCCCAGCAGCAGCAGCCGCAGCAACAACAACGCGCUUCACAUUCUGCUUUGCCAAGCAGACCAGUAGGAGCACCAUCUUUAAAGACGUCUCGAUUCGUCUAUGGUGCAAUACAGAAGCCGUACAGGCCCCUUGGAGACCCUCCUGCAAGGGCCCCUGAUGCUACAGCACUUCACUCGCAACCUGUGCUGCACCAACCAGGCGUCGAUUGUCUGCAACCUGCAGCGGGGGACAGCGCCACCCUCUCCAGCCUCAGCAGCGGCUGCAGCGUCUGCUGCACCUGCACUGGCAGUUGCAGCUGCAGCAGCAAAUUCAGGUGCAGCAGCAACUGCAGCGACAUAAAAUACACUGAUUCUGCUGGCAACCCUCCUUCUCAUGUGCAACGGCUGCAGCAGCCGCAGACGCAGCAGAGGCUGCAGCUGCAGCAACAAACGGCUUUGCAGCCCAAGAACACCCCGUUAGGCGGUCCACUGUCCCAACGUUCCCGCGGAUACAUGCAGCCUCUGCUGCAGCACCAAGGAGACAGUGCUGGGGUGCAGGGCCCCCCCACAGAAGGGGUUUUGGGGCCCCUACAGUCAGCACCUCCUCCAGUUUACAGCAGAGCCGACGCGGGGCCCGAGCCAGGGAAGAACCUGCAGCUGCCUGCCGCAGCUGGAGCCAAUUCCUAUGCAGUAGCAGCAGUAGGAACAGCGGCAGCUGAGAGAACCGCUCGCCAGAUGCUAGAGGAGAGGGUGCUCUCGCUGCAGCAGAGGCAGACACAGCUUCAUCAGCAGCAGCACGAACAAUACCGACGAUUAUUACAGCACCAGAGAGCUUUCCAGCAGCAGCAGAAAUUGUUGAAGCAGCAACAACAUCAGUUGCAGCAGCAGCUGCAGUUGCAGCAGCAGCAGCAGUUGCAGCAGCAGCAGCUACAUCAGCAGCAGCUGCAACAGCAGCAACUGCAACGGCAGCAACUGCAGAGACAGCAGCAGGAGCUACAGCAGCGUCGCUCUCAACACCGCGGAAUAUUCAACAGAUCGCAGCAGCGAAGUGCCACCCCACAAGUGCUGCAGCAGCAACAGCUAAAGGCAGUGACUCCCUUUGCUCCCGUUGUCGAGUUCAAGACCACUCAACCCCCAACCUUUGUUUGCAUGCAGAUGCAGGAUACUCCGCGCUGGCUCCCCACAAGCCUCAUCCAGCCGCAGCAGCAGCAGCAGUUUAACACCCUGCCUGCAGUCGGUCGUGCAUCACAAGCAGCAACAACAGCAACACCUGCGAGCUUGCCUCGGGGUUUCUACGACGCGAUUACUUCCCGAGACCCCAACGUUCCUGCGACAAUUCCCAAGGAGCCAAUCCCAACUCCCGCUGCUCCCAUGCUGGCAACAGCUCCCUGCGUGCUGGUGCCUGGCUCCGCAGCAGCUGGGGGUCCCUUGGCUGCAGCAAACGCAGUGUGUGACGGCAGGCAGCAGCCAGACAGACGGCAAAUGAGGAAGACUGUUUUUUGA